AUGAGGCUACUCAAUGCAAAUACCUUCCAGCUGGAACAAUUCUACGAUAAUGACAUUCCCCCUUAUGCAAUCCUCUCUCACACAUGGACCAAAGAUGAAGUCUCCUUUCAAGAGUUCUCAACUCUGUCCUGGGACGACCCCAGACUCGAAAAGACAGUUGGCUGCUGUAAGCAAGCCCUCCAGGACGAUCUUACGUAUGUGUGGGUCGACACAUUUUGCAUCGACAAGGCCAGCAGCGCUGAGCUAUCCGAAGCCAUCAACUCCAUGUACAAGUGGUAUGGUGACUCCACCGUCUGUUACGUCUACCUCAGCGACGUCCAUCCGGGUAACGAUGACGAUUCUUUCAGUGAGAGCCGCUGGUUCACGCGGGGAUGGACUCUACAAGAACUCCUGGCGCCUGGAUAUGUCAGGUUCUUUGAUUCCUCGUGGAUAAGCAUUGAGAAGCCAGGGCGCGAUGAUGACCUGUCUCAAGAGCUCUCAAACAUCACCAGCAUAUCGGUCGCUGCCCUCCAGCAUGAGGUGGAUGUGGGUAGCGUCAGCGUGGCUGAGAAGAUGUCGUGGGCCGCUGAGCGUGAGACUACGCGCUCCGAGGACAUAGCAUACUCUUUGCUUGGCAUCUUUGGUAUCAACAUGCCUCUUCUGUAUGGCGAAGGGGGCAAGCGUGCAUUCAUUCGGCUGCAGGAGGAAAUUAUCAGUCAGAGCUAUGACCACACUAUCUUCUCAUGGGGCUUCGACAGGGGACCGACGCAUGGUGGAAUUUUCGCCACCUCCCCCUUGGACUUUGCUGGGUGCGGCGAUAUCGUGCCUAUAAGCAUUGGGCACAAGUCUCACUACACGGUGACAAAUCUUGGAGUCCAGAUUCGGCUCCCCGUGAUGACUGUCCAAAAUGGAGUUCAGUACGCCUUCUUUGAUGCCACAAGGGGACAGAGGCACGGGCUGGUCAUGUCCAUUCCGUUAUUCUACGCAGAUGGCACUGGGGAUGAUGAGGACAUUCUUCCAAGCCACGACGAGACAACUAUAUCUUUCCAAAAGCUCCUCAGUCGAAGUAGAGAGAAAUCGGCGCCAGUAUACCCUAUUCGUGGCUAA